UUUUGAUACUUAGACUGGGUCUCUUAUACGAUCUAAGCGUAGGCUCGGUUGCAGUCUCAUGCGAAGUGUAUAGUCGAAUACGACUGAGUGGUGUGUGUGCCCCCAGUCCUCUUUACUUCUCUCGCUUCUGUUAACCCUCGCGUUGCCAGAGUCUAUCAGUCGCGUUUGUAUGAGAAAUGGAGCUUGAACAAGCAGCAACGCAGUCGAAUUCCGACUCAGAAAAAAAGAUCAAAGAGAAUAGCAAUGUGACUGGAAAUCAUAGUGAUACUCAUAUAAAUGGCAUGUCAAAUGGAUUUGAUAAAAAGAGGGAACACAAGUCCGAACAUAGAGAUAGAGACAAAGAACGAUCUCAUAAAUCAGAUCAUAAAGACAGAAGCAAAGAAAAAGAUAGAAAUCAUAAAAGUGAACAUAGGGAUAAAGAAAAAGACAGACAUAAACAUAGUUCUAGUUCUAUUAAAGAAAAAGAUAAACAUGAUACUAGCAAUAGUAACAAGGAUAAAGAUAAAGAUAGAAAAAGUAGCUCAUCAUCAAGCAAGGAUAAAGAACAUAAAAGUACCAGUUCUUCAAGCAAAGAUAAAGAAAAGGAUAAAAGUAAAGAUAAAGAACAUCAUCACAAAUCUAGCUCUAGUUCUAGUUCCAAGGAUAAAGACAGGCAUCACAGUAGUUCAAAGGAUAAAGAAAGUAAAGAGAAAGAUAAAGAUAAAAGCAAGGAUAAGGAUAAAUAUAAACAUAGUUUAAGUUCAAGUUCUCGAGAUAAAGAUAAAGAUAAAGAUAAAAAUAUUUCUAAAGAUAAAGAAAAAGAAAGAAAAUUAGAAAAGGAUAAGGAAAGACAUUCCACAUCUCAUACAAAUGACAAAGAAAAGCAUCGUUCUUCUGAAAAAGAUAAAGACAAACAUAAUUUAUCAAAUAAAGACAAACAUCGUCAUGAUAAAGAAAAAGAUCGACAUCGUCAUGACAAAGAAAAAUCAAAACAUAGAGAAGAUAAAGAUAAAAAAGAUAAAGAAAAAGAAGAAAUUAAGGUAAAAGAAGAAAUAAUGGAUGUCAAAUCUAAUCAUAUAGGAAAUGAAGAAUUCCAUUAUGAUAUUGGUCAAACCAUAAAACAUGAAGUGAAAGAAGAAUCCGUAUCACAAAUUGAACCAGAGGAUGAUGAUGAUAGUGGUGGAGAACAACCAUUAUAUAUUAAGGAAGAAGAAGAUGAAGAAGAGCCUGUUAAUGAAGAAGAAGGUAGUAUGGAUUCAACUGAUGGAAAUGAUACAAGACUUUCAGAUCUUCACAAUACAACAAUUAAAACUGAAGAAGAAUCAGAUGAAGAUGUGCCAUUGAGUGCAAGGUCAAUGGCUCCUACAAGUAUUAAAAGAAGUCUAGAUUCAGAGGAAGAAGAAGAUGUUCCACUUUCAGCACGUAAAAAGUCUAAAAAGAGCGAUACAAAAACAAAGAAAAAAAAACGAAAAUAUGAAGAUGAUGAAGAUGAAGACGAAAUUGAACAAAAACCAAAGAAGAAAGGUGCAAGAACAUCAAAAGGAGAAAAUUCGAGUCCAAGAAAAAAGAAACAAGAGGAAGAACAAGAAGUUUGGAAAUGGUGGGAAGAAGAAAAAAAAAAUGAUGGGACAAAAUGGACAUUUUUAGAACAUAAAGGACCGGUAUUUGCACCUCCAUAUGAACCACUUCCUCCUGAUGUAAACUUUUAUUAUAAUGGAAAAGAAAUGAAAUUAAGUCAAGAUACAGAAGAAGUUGCAACAUUUUAUGCACGCAUGUUAGAUCACGAUUAUACUACAAAACCUGCAUUUAAUAGUAAUUUUUUCCAUGAUUGGAGAGAAGUUAUGACUGAAUCAGAAAGGACAAAAAUAGUUGAUUUAAGUAAGUGCAAUUUUAAAGAAAUACAUGCUUAUUUUAUUCAAAAAAGCGAAGAAAGAAAAGCAAUGACAAAAGAAGAAAAACAAAAAAUAAAAGAAAAAAAUGAAGAGAUUCAAAAAGAAUAUGGUUAUUGUAUCAUUGAUGGACAUAAAGAAAAAAUAGGAAAUUUCAAAAUUGAACCUCCUGGUUUAUUCAGAGGCCGUGGUGAACAUCCUAAAAUGGGCAAAUUAAAAAAAAGAGUUAUGCCUGAAGAUAUUCUUAUUAAUUGUUCCAAAGACUCUAAUAUACCAAAGCCACCACCAGGUCAUAAAUGGAAGGAAAUUCGGCACGAUCCUAAUGUUACUUGGCUUGCAUCUUGGACAGAAAAUAUUCAAGGACAAGUAAAAUAUGUUAUGUUGAAUCCAUCAAGUAAACUUAAAGGAGAAAAAGAUUGGCAAAAAUAUGAAAUCGCUAGAAAAUUAGCACAAUUGAUAGAUAAAAUUCGUGCUGAAUAUAGGGAAGAUUGGAAAAGUAAAGAAAUGCGUAUAAGGCAAAGAGCUGUUGCAUUGUAUUUUAUAGAUAAAUUAGCUCUUAGGGCUGGUAAUGAAAAAGAUGAAGAUCAAGCAGAUACUGUAGGUUGUUGCUCUUUACGAGUAGAACAUAUUACAUUACAUGAGCAAAAAGAUGGAAAGGAAUAUGUAGUUGUAUUUGAUUUCUUAGGUAAGGAUUCUAUAAGGUAUUACAAUGAAGUGCCAGUAGAAAAAAGAGUAUUUAAAAAUUUACAACUUUUUAUGGAAAAUAAAUCACCAAGUGAUGAUUUAUUUGAUCGUCUUAAUACAACUGUUAUGAAUAAACAUUUGAACGAAUUAAUGGAAGGUCUCACUGCUAAAGUAUUCAGAACAUAUAAUGCUUCGUGGACAUUACAGCAACAAUUAGAUAAAUUAACAAAUCCUGAUGAUACAGAAGCGGAAAAGAUCUUAUCAUAUAAUAGGGCAAAUCGAGCUGUUGCAAUAUUAUGUAAUCAUCAACGUUCAGUGCCUAAAACACAUGCAAAAUCUAUGGAAAAUCUUAAAGCAAAAAUAGAAGCCAAAAAACAAGCUAUUAAUGAUGCAGAACUUGCUGUAAAGGAUGCCAAACGUGAUGCAAAACAUGGAUCUGUUAAAGAAAAAGUUACAUAUGAAAAAAAGAAAAAAGCUCUUGAUAGAUUAAAAGAGCAGUUGACGAAAUUGGAGGUCCAAGCAACAGAUAAGGAGGAAAAUAAGGAAAUUGCAUUAGGCACUUCCAAAUUAAAUUAUCUUGAUCCUAGAAUUACUGUUGCGUGGUGUAAGAAACAUAAUGUCCCUAUUGAAAAAAUUUAUAAUAAAACUCAAAGGGAUAAGUUCAGAUGGGCAAUAGAUAUGGCUGGACCUGACUAUGUAUUUUAACCCUAUAGAAGAUUGAUUAUUACAAAAAAUAACUCCCAUUGAGAUUGUAUUUAGUGAAAUUUUUGUUAAAAUUGUCGGGAAAAAGUAAUGGUAUAAUUUUCUAUAUUUACAAAAGAUAAAUGUGAGAGUGCGGAGACAUAUUUUAUAUAGAAACUACAUUAAAUUUCGGUAAAGACUUUAUAUUCAAUGUGUAAUGGACACAUAUUCGUAGUCUAGAAUUGAUCGCUUAGCAAAUAUUGCAUAAAAAUUUUAGCGAUCAUAUUUGAACAUAGAGGUUUAAUUGAUCUUAUAAAUAUUAGAAACGAAAAUUGAUAGUUUGACAAAAAUUAAAAUUCUUUAGGUAGAAAUUUAUAAUAUUUGUGAAUUAAGAAAGCAAGGUUUGUGCAAAUAAUCUAAAUUUAGAGAAUAUAGCUCAGAGUUAACUCCAUUAAAACAAGAAUUUUACAAUCUCUAAAUUUAGAAAUGCACAGUAAACAUAGGCUGUUGCAUUGUACAUAGAACUAUGCAUGAAAACUUUGCCAGCCAAUUAAAAGAAAAAUAUAUGUGUAUUAGAUCUAUUAAAACAAAUCUGCCAAACGAGCAGCUGAUUUUAUAUUUCUUUAAUUUGUCUUUUCUUAUGAAUGUAUAGUGUCAUCAGUGGAAAGUUAUUUGUAUUAUGCAUUAUAGCAUUCUAAGUAAGAGCUUUAUGCUCCACAUGAUUUAUUUUUAGCAUAAAAUUUAUUAUAUCAAAAUUGUGGUUAGCAAUUUGAUUUAAAUAUAUUGUCCCAAAAAAUAAUUAAAACAUACUAAUGUAUUUAAAAAUAGAUUAUUGCUUUUAGCAAUUUAUGCUUUAUAAAAAAAUGUUUAGAUCAUAAUAAAUGUGAACACAGUGUAUCCUUAACAUUUUUUUAACAUUUGUACACUUAAAAACCUUGUGAUCACCACAAUAUAAAAUAUUGUAAAAGAAAAUUACCGAUUUCAAUAUGUUAGAAAUUAAUUAUCAUAUUCAUAGUCAUAAUUGAAUCUUGUUUGAUUGUAUCUAUUAUUGUCAUUUUUAGUAUUUACAAAUCUAUAUUUAAUAGCAAAAUACUCAAAUUUAUCGCAAUAUUUUUCAAAAUCCUUUAUAUAAUAUAAAUCAUUUGUAUAUCAUAAAAGAUAUUCUAGAUUUAAAGAAUAUCUUUAUUUAUGUGACUAAUGGGACUCAAAUUAUAAUUAAUGUUUGAGAGUAUGAAACAUCUUAUUUUAAUCUAUUAUAACUAAAUCACAUCUAGAAUAGAUCAAUCUAUUUACUUAUUUAUCUUGGAAUACAGAGCAGAGACGAGUAACUUUUUAUUAGCUUAGAUUAUAUUCACUUUGACUAGAUUAUAGAUUUUAUAAUAAAUAUAUCAUUUUUUCAUGAAGACAUUUAUUCAUCUUAUUAAAUUUAGUAUUAAUUACUCGUCACUGACAAGAUAUUCCUACAACACCGUUUUAUGCAUAUGAACACAAACGAUGUUUUACACUCAUACUUAUACAUAAAUAUAUGUUUAAAGAAACUGCAAUGGUAAAAUUAUAUAUAUAAAUAUGUAAUUAGAAUGGUGGUUCUUUAUAACUUUUGUUUUAAAACAAUAUAUUAUAAAACAGAUUAGUUUAGUUUAUUUAAAACUAUAGAAUAUAUACUAAUACGCGUUUUAAGAAAUGUUAUGAAGUUAUUAAAGGCCACUAUUCUUAUAAAACUGCCAAUUAUGUGAAAAAUCGCAUAAUUUAAUCGUCUGCUAUGCUACAAACUAGUUUCUGAUAUCUAAAUAACUUUGAUCAUUUUAAUUUUCAAUUUUUUUCAGAACUAAUAAUUCGUUUAUUUCAAACAACUUAUUAUUUAAAAUAGAUUCUUAUAAUUGUAUAAUAUUUUUUUAUAAUAUUUUUUUUUGAACAUUAAUAAUUGUAAACAUUUCUGUAAAUGAAACUGGUACUGUAUAUCAGACUAAAUUAACUUAUACGAUGAUCAAGUAGACUGAAUUUAAAAUAUAUAUGUGCGUAUAUGUAUCGCAUUAUUCUUAAUUUACUUAAAGUCAUUUGCAAUAUAAAAAUUAGUAACUAACAUGGUAUAUGAAAUACAAUCAGUAAGUAGGCCUCUGAUAUCAUGCACAUAACAUCAAAUAUAACAUUUUUAACUUUUACAAGAAGGGAAAAAUAAAAAUACAAUCGAUAUCUAGUACAAUGAAGUGUGCACAAAUUGAAGGUGUAUGUAUAUUUAAGUCAUUAUCCGAUUUCUAUACGAUACUGGAAUAAUAAAACUUAUAGUGCAAAAAAA